GUAGCUUUGGAGCAGCCAUGGCCAUGCUGAGAGUGUCCUCAUAUCGCAAACUGUUUGAGGCGGAGCAUCAGAGACCAGCUUCAUGGCUCAGUCAGCGCUGUGGAACCCAGAUCCUCCCCUCUUCUGCCAGGGGUGGAUUUUCCACGAUCGACUGGCCUGAACCAGACUUCUCUGCAGCUCGAGCUUUAAACAGAGAGGGUCUGAUGCGUUUCUCCCAGGAGCGCUCCAUAAUCGCCGCCCUGAACGAUCGUCUGGCGGUUCUUAUCGACAUGGUACGAUGUCUGGAAGAAGAGAAUGAGUCUUUGGAGGCUCAGGUUAUUGAGAUGGAAGAGAGAUCGGCAGCCAAGCCAACCCCCUCCAGCUCUAUCAGUCUCAACUGUCGCUCAGACUCCAGCCUGGAGGCCACGAUUGAGAGACUGCGCACGGAGAAGGAUGAGAUUCUGUGUCGCAGAGAAGCGCUGACGAAAGACCUGCACGAUAUAAAAAUAAAGUAUGAUGAGGUCGUGAAGCAACGGACUCACUUCCAACUGGAACGCGAGCAUGUUGCCAUGGAGGUGGAUACGGUGACUGCUGACUGCUUGGCACUCAGAGAACAAGUGGCAAUCUAUGAGGAGCAGUUAUCUGCCAUGAAGCAACAGCAUGAGUUGGGGAUUGAGAGUGUGUGUGAGCCUCCAGCUGAAUAUCAGGAUGAUCCAGCUGUCUCUCUGAAAUUCCCCUCCAUCGAUCUCACUCCAGCCAUCACGAUUAUCAAGGACUACUACUGCCAGCUGGCUGAAAGCCUACAGUUUGAGUCCGGGUCCGUUGCAAUUGCCAGAGGAGAAGAGAAGGGGAGGAUCUUGGAAACGUCUACUGGAGGGAAGGUUAAGGAUUAUCCGGAGGUGAUGGACGUGAAUGGUCUGAAGGAGCUGAUUGCUAAGUUGCAGAAGGAGCUUGCUGAGCUGCUGGCAUGUGGUGAAGACCUGGGGGCAGAAAUUGAAGCAAAGAAACAGGCUCAUCUGCUGGAGAUCGAGGAGUUGGAAACCUGCAUCCACCGGCUGGAGAAAGAAGAGGCUGACUUACAAACACAGGUGAAGGACCAGAUGGAAGACUAUGAGGAACUGCUCAAUGAGAAGAUGGCACGGGACAUAGAAAUUAAAGCCUACAGGGCUUUGGUGGAGGUGGAGGAGGAGAGACUGUGCUGCCUGUGAGACAGAGAGGCCCAGCACACAAUAUAUGAUAUGAUAUCUUGUGUAUUGCUGCUGAACUAUUACGCAUUUACAUCAAGUUGCACAUUUUAAAAGGCGUCUGUAUCUUGUAACUCCUCUCAUCGGCAGUCUUAUCAACGACACAUACGGUAUGGGUGUAUUUUAAAGUUAAACCUUUUCUGACUUGCAUGAUAAUCCUAAUCCUGGGAAUGGAUAA